CUCAAGAGUGCUUCUUCGGAAGCUUAGAAAAGAGCAAGCUGGGAAGAAGAGUUGUUUCUUCGAUUCGUAGAUCAAUUCAGCUGCUUUUUUGUGCAGACAUUGAGGUUUAUUUCAGAUCGAAAUCGAGAAGAAGAUGUUUCUCACUAGGACUGAGUAUGACAGAGGAGUCAAUACCUUUUCACCUGAAGGCCGUCUGUUUCAGGUGGAGUAUGCCAUUGAAGCUAUCAAGCUUGGUUCCACUGCGAUUGGUGUAAAGACAAAAGAAGGAGUUGUCCUUGCAGUCGAGAAGCGUAUCACCUCGACCUUGCUGGAGCCGAGCAGUGUUGAAAAGAUUAUGGAAAUUGAUGACCAUAUAGGUUGUGCUAUGAGUGGUCUCAUUGCUGACGCACGAACACUUGUUGAGCAUGCACGAGUAGAGACUCAAAACCACAGGUUCUCGUAUGGUGAGCCAAUGACUGUAGAAUCUACAACUCAAGCUUUGUGCGAUCUGGCUUUACGGUUUGGUGAAGGAGAAGAAGAGUCAAUGUCUCGUCCAUUCGGAGUAUCCCUUCUCAUUGCUGGGCAUGAUGAAAAUGGACCGAGCCUGUACUACACAGAUCCAUCGGGAACAUUCUGGCAAUGCAAUGCAAAGGCAAUUGGGUCAGGCUCAGAAGGAGCUGAUAGUUCUCUCCAAGAGCAAUUCAACAAGGAUUUAACUCUUCAAGAAGCUGAAACAGUCGCUGUAUCUAUCCUAAAGCAAGUAAUGGAAGAAAAGGUGACACCAAACAACGUCGACAUUGCCAAAGUUGCACCAGCUUAUCACCUCUACACUCCUCAGGAGGUUGAAGCCGUCAUCAGUCGUCUAUGAAGAACUAAACCGGCAUUCGCUUCCAUUUUACCUUACCUGGUCGGUUGGGUAAUUUAUCAGGCUUGUCUGCUUCCUGUUCUCUAAACCAAAAAGACUUUCUUUCACAAAUGGCACAAAACCUCUCACUUUUGUAUUAGUCAGAUUAUGAAUUAUAUCGAGUUUGAGUUUCAUUGA